GUUGUGUGCCUGAACGAAAGUUCACCUGGCUGCUGGCUGUUUCAUUUGACAUUAAGAUGCUAACUAAUUAGCCAAAAGAAACUGCGUCUGUGUGAUAUGUAUGCUUUGACAUCGUUGAAUAAAACAGGUGUUGGCUCUGUAGCGGCAGUGAAAGUGAAGCUCUGACAGGAUUCGGGCUGCUUUUCCACCUGCUGCUGUUCUCAAUGAGGUACAGAGGAGCCCAGAUCUGUCUCCGGGCUCAUGGCUCGUGCUAUCUAUCAUGUCUCUCCCUGCCUGGCAGAAUCACUGUGGUCCGAACCUGCAGUGCUCACCACCAGCCCAGCUCCCCGCCACCCACUAAGCCUACCCCUCCUGAUGGGAAGAGCGGAGCCGAGGUGGUGAAGGAACGUGCACUAACUGCUUUACAGCAUGCAGGUGAUUUGGGAAGGCAGUGGGGUCAGAGGACAGCUCAGACGGCCACUGCCUCAGUCAACUCCUGGUGGGUGAGGUACGAGGAGUUUGUCGGGAUCAAUGAGGUCCGCGAGGCCCAGACCAAAGUCACUGAGGCUGAGGCAGCCUUUAUGGUGGCCAGAGGGAUGGUGCGUGAGGCUCAUGCCAGCCUGGAGGCCCUGCAGGUCAGACUGAAAGAGGUCAGAGACCGGCUGGACAGAGUCUCCAGGGAGGAAGCUCAGUACCUGGAGCUGGCCACACAGGAGCACAAACUACUGCAGGAGGAGCGUCGUCUCCGGACGGCGUAUGAGAACGCAGAGGGAUCGGAGAGGGAGAAGUUUGCCUUGUUUUCAGCAGGUGUCAGAGAGAGCCACGAGAAGGAGAGGGCAAGAGCAGAACGCACCAAGAACUGGUCCAUCAUCGGCUCCGUGCUCGGAGCCCUCAUCGGAGUCAUGGGAUCAACGUACAUCAAUCGCGUCCGCCUGCAGGAAUUGAAGAGUCUGCUGUUGGAGGCCCAGAAAGGUCCAGAGAGCCUGCAGGAAGCCCUCAGAGUCCAGGCUGUAAACCAUCACUCCCAGCAGGACGAACUCCGAACGAUCAUCGACAGCCUCAGGGUCACUCUGAAUGACGCCUCCACACAGAGGGACAUCGCCCUUCAGGAUAAGAGAGCUCCGGCCCCAGCCUCACCCUCGGUGCCUUUUUCAGCCUUAAAAGACCUCCACAUCCGCAGCCAAAAGACAGAGUUGCUUCUGGAGUCCCUCCGGCCCCAGCUGGGCCAACUGGAGCAAGGACUUGGUAGAGUCGAAGGUGAUUUGUCGGUGGUGAAGAGGCUGCUGGAGACCAGACCUCAGGCUGAAACACAGGCUGUUCAGCCGCAGUUAGCAGCACCAGAGAGACCAGAGAGACCAGAGCGAGGGGACCAGUGGGAGUCAGAGGUGGUGGUGAAUCGCCUAGAGGAGACCCAGAGGACGCUGGGAGAACGAAUCAGGACAAACACUCUUUACAACGCUGUAUUUACCUACACCGCCACUGCCAUCACCAUCUCUGCCGUCUACCUGCUAAUGAGAGGAGCUGGUUAGACGUGAUGCCUCCAGUCUGAAUAUGUUCACAUGCACUGUACGUCUGUCGGUCACUGAGAGUAAUAAUAUAAAUUAAUUAUGUCAGAAAACAUUUACUUUAUUGGAAGUAACUGAGUUUCUGUAUUAAACUGGUAAUAGGUGCUGAUUUGGGCUUACCUUCCACUGCUGCUGUUCACUGCACUACUGACCGCCUCUGAAUAUUUUUAAUUCCGUGAUCUCAAGAUAAAAUGAUAACAUCACAAUUUACCUGAAAGGCACAGAAAAACAUGGGCUCUUGGGAUUCAUUCACACCGUACACUAUCAAUCGAUCAAACAUGUCAAUAAUUAAAAAAGAACAGUGCUUCAUUACCAGGCUGCUAGUGUUGUUUUGUAGGCUAACGUUAGCAACAUGUGCUCCUACCCCGCCAGCCUGCACUGAAAUGAGAGGAGCAGUUACAAGUGUAGCAACUUUGCUGCUAGACUUAAGGUACAUUUUGGGUGUCGUAUGGCAUCAUAUGGGGGAAUACAACAUGGAAAUAUGUCAAAAUGGCAAUAACAUUUUUUCAUUAGCUAAGUAGCUAGUUAGCUACUGAGACAUCAGCAUGAUAGACCAUAAUACAUUGAAAUAUUAAACCAAGAUAAUAUGAUUGUUAUUGUAAUUUUAAAAUCUUUAUCAAUGAAGGAGAAUUUAAUUGUGGGUUUCUGUUUGUGCAGUGAUUUCUCAUAACACCAGGUUUCGUCUGUACCUCUGAAAACCUCUCUUCGGAGGACCUAAAACUUCACCCUACCCCUCUAUCCCAACAAGAAUCGGGACGCCCUACCUCUAGGCUGAGUGUCGGGGGUAGCAGGUGUAUUGGGGUAAAGCCUUAGUAUCUGUUAUUUCAUGUCCAUUAUUGUAACUGUUUGUUCUAAAUUGUCAAACAUGAUCAUCAGGUUUCUUGUUUGAAGUGACGCUACACAUAACUGAACGACACAUUAGAGUACAGCAUAGACACUAUUUGUAAGGUCGCAUCUAUUAAAUACUUUUCAUCAUUUACUUUAUAAAAUGGCGAUCACAAUACCCCAGCCUAAAAAUCAUGUCUUUAAAUUGCUUGUUUUUUCCCUCCGACAUUGCUGGAUUAUUCACAUAGGGGCUAAAAUAAACUGUAUAACAAUAUGCAGUACGUCAGUUUUGACACAGGGCCCUCUCGAAGACUGAGAAUCAUGCAGGACCAACCUUAAGGCCAGUAUUGUUGUGCAUAUUCCUCUAUGAUAUAAAGAAGAAAAAAACAGUAAAUCAUCACAGUUGAAAAACUGUAACCAAACUGAUUAUGGCUUUUUUUUUUCUUGAUAAAUACCUUUAAUGAAUAUCUUUUUUUUUUGGCAUCAAUUUUCUGUCAUCAUCUUAUUGACCAAUCAUUUCAACACCUGGUAACUGAGUCUCAGAAACUUCUCCGCCGAGUAUUUCUGAGCUCCUAAUUUGGAUUGCAUUUUUCCUUAAACUGAGUCACUGAAAGAGAACCUGAGUUGAAUACCUAAAGGGAAAAACACCAGUUUAACUAAACAUGCUUUGUUCACUCAGACACUUGAAGACGUGGAUUCAUUUGUAAGCCAAGGCAACUUUAUUUAUAUUGCGCACUUCAGCAAUAGGGCAAUUCAAAGUGCUUUACAUACAAAUUGCAAAAAACCCCACAUAAAACAGGCAUAAAAGUUACAGUGCAGUGUGAGAAAUUAAUUUUUUGAUUUGAUAAAAGGCAGCAACAAACAGAAAAGUCCUCAACCCAAAUUUAAAAGAACUGAGAGUUGCGGCGGACCUACAGUUUUCUGGGAGCUUGUUCCAGAUAUUUGGUGCAUAAAUGUUAAACGCUGCUUCUCCAUAUUUAGUUUUGACUCCGAGGACACAAAGCAAACCUGUCCCUGACGACCUGAAAGGUCAGGAUGUUUCCUAAUGUAGCAGAAGAUCAGAAAUAUAUUUUGGCCCUAAACCAUUUAGUGCUUUAUAAACCAACAGUAGUAUCUAUUAUCAAUUUCUAGAUGUCACAACUGCUUCUAAAUCAACACCUAUGGCAGUCAAGACAUCAAAUCUUAAUUUUGACUAAGACAUAAUUUAGUGAUUAUUUAACGUAAACAUGGUGGGUUUAACUGAUGAUGGCACAAUUGUUCUGUAUAUGCGGCCAAGUUAGUCCAGUGCCAAGUGAGUUUUAAACUUGAUUCAGCCCUGCUGAACCACAGAGGGAUCACGUCUUCUGUUCACAAUCUGUCCUCUGAGAUUAAUCUCCAGUCUGCUCCAAGCUAAAAAACGCAAAACUCAGACUACAGAUGCUGGAUGAUGGAGUUGCGUUUGAUUUCUGUUGCCCAACAUGUAAAGAGAACCCAUCAUAUGUGAAUUUAAGUCAUUUUACAGGACAUUAAACUGUGCACAAGAUCAGUACAAACACCUAAAGGAGCAAUAAUGAGAAAAAAAAGGAUUGUGAGUCUUAAUUUAUGUAAGAAAACACUGUCAGGUGAACUGACAAAAACGUCCCUUACAAAGCUCUGAAAUGGCCUUUAAGCACUGCAGUCCUCACUGUCCUUUGGAUAAAAACUAGAAUAAGUAAAGUCCCCUCACUACAUGUGAACAUGUAGUGAGGGGACUUUAGACAUGUAGAAAAAUAUUAGUGAAGUUUUGCAGACUCUGUCCGCUGCAGUGUUUAACCUCCUCCAGUACUUGAACUUGUUGUUGUGUGUUUUCAUGCUGAUGCCCGUCAUGUUGUUGACAGAGCUGAACGAUGAUCACUGUGUAAUAAACUGUCUGUUCUGCUGACUGUUGUAUAAUAAGCGACCAAUAAAGUCACUGUCUGCCAA